AUCGAGCAGAUCCUCCCGCGGCGACCCAACUCCGCCUCUGCGCGCGCAUGCACGGGCACGGCACCACGUACUCGGCGCCUCCACCAUUCUCUCCCCGGCGACCCUAACCGCCUCCUCCCCAACUCGCCUCUCCAUCCCUAUUAAUUCGCUCCCCCAUCCGCAUGCCAUCGCCGAUCGAUCGAGCCAACUAAUCUUCCGAUUCGCGAAGGAAUUACUGGCCACCAUUAGCUCGACCGGAAGAAAUCAAGACACCUACGUACGUGUCUCCGGUUAGCCGCGCUCGCGGCCAUGGCGAAUAGGCCAAUGAUCACUCUCGGGGUGCUCCUGGCGCUCAUCGGCGCGUCGUGCGCCGCCGACUUCGAGGUCGGCGGCGACGCCGGGUGGGUCGUGCCGCCGGCCGGCCAGGCCGGCACCUACAACGAGUGGGCGUCCAAGAACCGCUUCCUCCUCGGCGACAGCGUCCAUUUCAAGUACAAGAAGGACUCGGUGAUGGUGGUGACGGAGGAGGAGUACGACAAGUGCGCGUCCACGCACCCCAUCUUCUUCUCCAACAACGGCGACACCGAGGUGCGCCUGGACCACGCGGGCCUCUUCUACUUCAUCAGCGGCGUCACCGGCCACUGCGAGCGCGGCCAGAAGAUGGCCGUCAAGGUCAUCGGCCCCGACGCGCCCCCGCCGGCGCCACCGAGCCCGCCACACCCCAGCGGCGCCGCCCCCGCCGUCGCGUUCGCUGGCGCCCUUGCUGCCGUCGCGGCGACGCUUUUGCCGGUCGUUCUUCGUGGUGUUUAGUUUGGCGCGCGCAGUAUGGUGUCCGGAAACUCAUAAUUUUGUUCGCGCUUAGUUGAAUGUUGUCUGUUUUCGUUGGGUGAUUUUAUGUCACUGGCUUCUUAAUACUCUCGCGCUUCACAAUGUGGAUCCAUAUUACAUUUGCUCAAUUUGUAAUGACGGUAAUUUUUGGAUUAAAAAAAAGUGACAUGAACCAAA